AUGCUCAUCCUGUUGCUCUUGACACUAUGCUACACACUCUUUCCAUUCCCUACUAUUAGUCCUCCGAUAAGCGUUGCAAAUCGAUACAGUCAAAUGCUGCAGACUAUCGGCCCUUUUCAAAUCGUUAGGGACCAGACCAUGUACAAGUCGGAGUCGCUCAAUAAGUACAAGACUGCCUUUUCUUCAGAAGCAAAGCAAUACUAUGACACCUUUGAUGGUGGCAGGUACGGCUGGGAUGAUCUAAAUGAUCCAACGAAGGCAUCAACUUUGCAAAAUAUUUUGUACAGACUUAUAGUUAUGGCAACGGCCUAUUUGACAGACGGUAUGGAACUCUAUCACAAUGAAGAUUGCAAAAUUAAGAUUUUACAGGCAUUUACAAUAUUUUCUGGUAAGUACAAUCCAGCUCUAUAUUAUUCUAAUGAUCAUCACACAUGGGAUAUAAUCAUUCCAAACACUCUUGUCAAUCUACUACCGCUGCUAGAUGAGAUCUACUCUAACGACCCCUCCCUCUCUGUUGGCUAUCAAAAUGCAUUGACGCGAGUUACUGAGGCUCUCCUAACACUUCCAAAGAGGUCCCCCUUUAUUAACCAAUGCACAAAUCUUCCAUCCACAUGGUAUAGAGAUACAGAAUGCACACUAAGUUCCAUUGUUAUGGAACUACAGAUGGCAAAGCUAACCAUUUUUGGAUCUAUACUCAUUGGCGAUCUUUCUCGAAUGAACGUGUAUUACAACAGGAUCAUUGAUCUAUUCCAAGUUAGACACUGGAACUAUGAGCUUGCCCCCACCGAUGACCUCCAUGACGGCUUUCGCUCAGAUGGGACGUUUGUCGAGUACUUCUCGUCUAUCAUACCUGGCUCCACAGGGUACUCCAUGCUUUCGCUGAUCGCCUCCAUCCUUGCUCCGUCUCAAAAGAUCAUUGAGCAGCUGACAGCUUCUGGCAACACUGAUGCCGCCCAAUCGAUACAGACUGCCGUGCAUAGUAUAGCAGGUAAGGCUGCAACUUAUAUCCUAGACUCUAUUCUACCGUUCGUUGUCAAUUGUGGAGUCCCUGACAUGAUGGCAGGAGCUGAUGCAGCAAACGACUCCAAGCCUCCGCUGUCCAGGCUCAAGGACAUUUCUAUGGGCAUCAUGCAGUUUGCAUAUGCAGCUUCCCUGCAAAAUAGUCUACCCUCUAACCUCAAUGAGCUACUGGGACACGUGUUCAAAUACCUUAACUAUCACCUUACAGACUGUCCACAAAUCAUCGAUGAGAUGACAGGGCACUACAAUUUUCCCAUCAUAGGCGAGUGGAAUCGCUCAACGGGUCUCUUUCUCAGUGUGCCCACCUAUCCUGGAGAGAUCAUGUAUGGUCAUUACUUUCUUUCAUAUGGCGAUAGGUAUGUCUACAAUGCACAUGACUUUUCGGUCAACAUAGCCAUGAACUCGUACAAAACCCGUAAUUUCCAAUGUAUCCGAAAUCUCAACAAGCUGGGAUUUUAUCAAGCAGCCGGGGCUAUCAUGCCCAGCGUGCGCUACCAUAAGGAUCAGUACAAUCAUCAUGUCCUGUUUGCGUCGGAGAAGGGGUACAUGGGGACCACUGCUUACCCAAAGUUUUCCUCUAAAUGCUCGUCUCAGACCCACCUUUUUGGCUCUCUCUCAGAUGGAAAGUUCGUCUCCAGUAUUACAGACGGGGAGCAUGGCAGUGCAUCCAUGGACUACUACAAUGCGCCAGAGAACGAUGUUCGUUAUCGUGCUCUUUACCUCAUCGAAUCUAUCUCACAAGGGGUUCAUGUGGCGCAGAUGACCACUGGUGGCGCAAGACUCGGUGAUCUUACGGCAAACGUGGCUGUAGUACCUUACGUAGAUGGCGAUACUUUUGAAAUAUACCUCGAUGGCGCUAAAAAGACUCAGGAUACAAUCUCUUUCUCCAAAGCAUCACGCAUCCUCAUCAAAAUGACCCCGAAAAGCGGGAGCCAGUAUGCUGUUGCUCUCUUCUUGCGCAAGAAUUUAUCCGGAACAAUCAAGAACGUGACAAUCAACAAGCCAUAUACUGACUUGGGUGGCAGUUCAAGCACAAAGAUCAAAACCUACGGGAUUCACAUUUCCCUCACUCUCAAGCUAACCAGUUUUUACUACACAGAUAAGAUAUACUGGAACGCUCGCAAAGCUAUUUUCUACUCCUAUUACCCGUACUUACCUUAUUCAACCAAUGACCAGGACUUGGCUACUAUGGAACAAAAGUACAGAUUGCUCUUCAAAAAGGGUCGGGUAGAUGAGAAUGCUUCCGUCCAUAGUAACAAAUACAUGCUGGUAUCCUUCAGUAACUCCACGCAGGAUAUUAUCGCAAUCAGCUUCUUUGAAAAGGGGAGUGCGACUCUUGCAAGCGGGAUAACCAUUGCAGCAAAUGACACGGUUCAAAUCUUGUUUAAAGUGACUGAUAAUACAUACUAUCUCAUAAUGCGUGAUCCUGUUAUUUCCUCUCCGCGACCAAUUCGAGUUGAGGUUCAAGGCCUUAUUGAUAUGCAUAAUCUUCAGCACUGGUGUCAUAAUGCGGGAGUAGUUGAUUCUACUACACUUGUCAUUGAGGAGUCGUUUCUUGGUCCAUCGCUUUGCCAAGUACGAGUCGAUCGACAGGUAUCACAGACACCAGAUGACAAGCCUAUUCCACCCACCAAUCCUCCUUCUCCAACUCCCCCGCCUUAUAUUCCACCAUUCCUGCCUACGGAUGAUCUGCUGUACGACAAUUCAACAGAUGUCAUUGUGAUUCCAGAUAACCAGGCGAUGAGGACGGCAAAGAUUGCAGCUAUAUCUGCCUCUAUUAUAAUUGUGUUGGUAAUUAUAGUUGUGCUUCUAGUUGUGUUCCUCCUCCGAUGUAAGAAAACUGCAAAAGAUCUAAAGGCUGUUGAAGGAGCACUCAAAAUGACACCCAUACCGCCAUCAGGAAGAGAGCCACCUCAUGCCUUUUCCGUUCUAGAUAAUGAUAGCACAGUGCUAGAAUCAAUCCAUAGUGUGCACAGUACGUUUAGUGAAGCGUCUGCCAUUAAUACAACAGAUCCUGACCCAAAGGAGGCUCCCCAACCUCGUAGAGUUAAAGUCCAACGGUCGCUCCCAUCAAAAUUCGGUAGCAAGAAGACUACUGCAGUUACUAACUACAUAGAUGAGGACGGUGUGGACAACGAUAGCUUCGACAGUAUUUCCAUUCACCAUGCUGCAAAGAUGUUCACACAAUAA